UUUUUUAAUUUAGUGGAAUUGUUCCUUUUAUAUACUAUACACGAUGAAUCAACAAGAACCGAAGACUUGCUAUUGUAUAAUAACAAAGAUCUUAACAGCUCUAUUGAAAGCUAUGCAGGAAAAUGUGGGAAUGUCGAAAUGUUUGGUAGAAAGCUGGAAACUCUUUGUUCAAGCAAAAUUAGACUACCGAUGUGUUUAUACCAAGGAAGACUUGGAAAUGUUUAGAACAAAAAUUAGAGCACUUCCUGAAUGUAUACAAGUUAAAAUGUUUACAUUAAAGCAGAUAGUAUUUAACGACAAUCUGUUGAAAAUAACUCCACAGAGAAUUAUUACUUUGUGCAAAAUUCAAAACGACAAUAAAAUGAUAAAUGCGGUUGCAAAAUUAAGGAACCCCAGAACUUUUACUUAUGAUGAGGUAAUAUCAGAAAUUACAGCACUGUGUAAAUUAACACACACAAACAUAUUGUCCAUUAUUGGUAUUAAUUUGGAACACGGUGUUAUUCUUACCGAACACAUGGAAAAAGGAAAUCUAUAUUUUGUGUGCAAGGUAAAACAAACCACAAAUCAACAGUUCAGAUAUAUUUUUGAUGUAAUUAAAGGACUUCAAUAUAUGCAUGACCAAAAAUUCAUCCAUAGAGAUUUAGAAUGUCUUAACGUUUUCGUUAAUGCUAAAGGAAACUGCAAGAUCGGAGAUUUUGAAUAUGCUGUGUAUCUUGGAAAUUCUGAGGAAUAUGUUAGUCGUGGGGAGCGUUUGGAAUUUGCUCAUUGUUCGUUCGAAGUAAUGAUGCACCGAACGUUUUCGUACGCAAGCGACAUUUUCAGUUUAGCAUAUUUAAUUUCGGAAGUUUUGUUAUCUCCUACCAUCGAUGUCCGCUGUAAACCGCUAAAUUUGAUUUCUGAAUUAAAGAAAAUUUUAAAUACAGAAAGUUGUCCAGAGAUCUUAUUUAAUGUUCUAAGUGAAGCAUUUUUACCAAUUCCUAAACGGCGCCCGCCUAUAAAAACUUUCUAUAAUAUUUUUGAUUCUUUACUAAAAUAAAUAAUCAAUUUAUUCUUUAUUUUUAUAUUAAAAG